GCCUCCCAGGGCUCCAACAUUGCUUUUGACCAACCUAGGAGCUCAGACAAGCAACUUCCCUAUGCCUCUCUUUCAUCAUCUAUAAACAGCCCUAAAGAUAACCUGCUCUGCAUGACUUAUAGAACUGCUGCAAGGAUUCAAUUAGGCAGAGAACAUAAGUGUCCCAUAAAAGCAGGCAGUGUUAUUAUUCUUUGAAGAUUUUACAAUGCAUUGGAAGAACUCAUGAAGUCUAAAAGAAAUCAUGAGAACACUGUAAAUGCUAUAAAGCACUAUAGACACAAUCAAAUUAAUGUUUUACCCUUCUAGCUGUGGGAAAUGGAGCCAAAUGACACAGUGAAAAUGACAGCUUCAAGAUUUUAAGGCAGCAUUUAUAAUCAAGUAAUACCUGCAAAUGCACUGCUGUUCAGAUAUGGCUGAAAGAGACCCCAAAUUCUCUUGUAAUCCUCAUCAAGCAUAUGCAGUACAUACUUUUCUUGUCAAUGGAAUGAAGUAGAUGUAUGAAUAACUAUUUUUUUGCAAGUGAAAAACAACAGAAAAAUGCAUGCAGUUUUAGGAAACUGUCCUUGUUUCUGAAAUCUGUCAUGCUAGAAGUGUUUAUAAACGCUUGUGACCUGUUGGAAAUGAUAUCUAGUUUUCUAAACUGACUGCUCUCUUUAGAAUCUCAUUGAGAUUAGAGCUGGAAAUCUCAAGGUAACAUUGUGGUAGAUGAUGAAAGGCACAUUUGUCACUGGUUGUCAAGCAACCAAAUGAAUGCUUUAUUGGCGUGUACAAACACCUCUCCUUAUUUUGUACAAAGAGUGGGUGUAGGUGCUGAACUGCUUUUCUAUUGGUCAGCUUCUCCUCCAAUGGCAGAUAAGAAAGUAUUAUUUUUCCAGUUAAUUAGCAUAGUCUGGGAAAGUAACCAACUGUGUUUCUUUCCCUAGCAGUGUUAAAUAUAGACUUUAAAACCAGGGUUAGUUCCUUUUUUUUUUUUUUAAGAUUGGCUUUAUACGUUAUUUUGGCUUUGGAUUAUCUAGAUUUUAUAUGAAAAAAUACUCCAGAAAAAGUUUUAAAAUUCAAAUAAACUAACAGCAGGUAAUGGUUAUGAUAUAAAUUACUCAAAAGAUAUAUACAUAUUAAAAGUAAGAAAAAAUAUUAAAAGAGAAGAAUCCACAAGGCAUCCUCUUAUGGUGAAACCAGGAAAGACUUUACCCAAGUCAAAAGGACAACACAAAUGAUCUGCCCUGCCCCCAUCUGACCUGUGCACAAGCCAUGGGAAACUGGAUCCUGGGAAGAAGGCAGGUUCACAGCAGAGAAAAAACAGAAAGAAGACCCAAGAGAGGGACAUCGUUCUGCCCUGAUGAGGGACCUCACUGUGUUCUCAAGAGUGGCCCCAGAACAAAUUCAGGCCUUGGAAACUCUACAAGUGGAAUUCGUGAGCUGCGGAAAGGAGCACUCCCUGGCUGUCUGCCACAAGGGCAGGGUCUUCGCGUGGGGAGCAGGUUCUGAAGGGCAGCUGGGGACAGGAGACUUUAAGGAAACCACGUUUAUACCUUCGAAAAUAAAAGCUCUGACUGAUAUAAAAAUAAUACAAGUAGCCUGCGGACACUACCACUCCCUGGCACUAUCAGCAGAUAGCCAAGUGUUUUCAUGGGGGAAGAACAGCCAAGGGCAGCUGGGCCUGGGGAAGGAGUUCCCCUCCCAAGCCAGUCCACAGAGGGUAAGAUCCCUGCAGGGGAUCCCCGUGGCUCAGGUGGCAGCAGGAGGGGCUCACAGCUUCGUCCUGUCUCUCUCUGGGACUUCAUUUGGCUGGGGAAACAACAGUGCAGGGCAGCUGGCCCUCAGCGGAGAUAACGUCCCAGUGCAAAGCCCCAAGCCUCGUUCAAUUGGUGCCCUGGAGAAGCUGGGCGUGAUUUAUAUCAGCUGUGGUUCUGAGCACACAGCAGUGCUCACUCAGGAUGGGAAAGUGUUCACAUUUGGAGACAAUAGUUUUGGACAGCUGGGACACAGCUCCACUGCUGAAAAGAGAGGUCCACAGCUGGUGGAAGGAAUUGAUGGCCUGGUCUCACAGAUUGAUUGUGGAAGUUAUCACACCCUUGCAUUUGUCUACACCACUGGCCAGGUGGUAUGUUUUGGUUGUGGAGCAAGGGACAGAAGCAAUCCAACUCCUCCAGAGGACCUGCCAGAGGACGUUGGCGUUAGCUGCCUGAUUUCUGCUGAUGACCUGGUGGAUGUUCAAGUCAAACACAUUUUUGCUGGAACCUAUGCCAACUUUGUGACAACUUCUCAGGAUGCUGGUUCCACAAGAGUUCCCAGGAAAACCCUUCCAGAAAUAAGCCAAAUUAACCAGUCCCUGAUGGAAAAAUGGAUAGCAGUGAAAAGAAGAAGUAGUGAACAAGAAGUGGCUAAAAGGGAAAUUAGGAUGAUAUUUUCAUCUCCUGCUUGUCUAACAGCAAGUUUUUUAAAGAAAAGUCAAAGGGGAACAGGAGAAGGCAUUUCCAUGGAUGUGGACUUACAGAAGGCAAGAGACACCUUCAAGAAGUUAACAGAAGAGAAUUGGAUUUCUUCUUUGAUACAGACGAGUCUUGAGGAUAAUCUGCUCAAAGCUCUUCCAUGUCAUUCUCCGCACCAAGAAGCUUUGUUAAUUUUCCUUCUGCUCCCAGAAUGUCCUAUGAUGUGUGAUUCUGAGAACUCAAACAAGCUGGUGGCUCCAUUUGCAGAGGCUGUUUGUAACAUGAGUAGCAAGUCUUUACAAAUACUGAAAAGGUGUUGGGCAUCUUUGCAAGAAUCUUCUCUGAAUACACUGAUCCAGAUGCUUAAAACAGCUGUCGUCUCCCUGGCUUAUGGCCCUCGAACCUAUCAGAAUGAUAAUAAUCUUAAAGUUCUUCUAGGAAUGAUGAAAAAAGUGCAUAAGGUAAACAAAACUAUCUGUCGACUGCCAGAAAAUACUUUCAACAUAGAUGAACUUGACAACUUAAACUUUUACACCGAGACAAAAAGACGGCUCUUUCGGAAACAGAACAUGAAAACUGCAGAAAAUUCCAGUCUUGUUGUUUUCAGUGAUUUCCCAUUUAUCUUUAAUUUGCAGUCCAAAAUUAAAUUAUUACAAGCAGCUUCAUAUAUAAAAAUUGAGGAUUUAAAAAUGAUAGAAAUGACAGAAAUAUUUUUAAAACACCAAUUGCUACAAAGAAACCCUGAACCUCCCAUAUUUCAACUUAGAGUCAGACGAAGCCACCUGGUUGAAGAUGCUCUGCGUCAGUUAAACACUGCUGAAAGCUCUGACUUCUGCAAAGAACUGGUGGUUGGAUUUGUUAAAGAAAUUCGUCCCGAGAGUGGAGGGGUCCGGUCGGAAUUCUUCCACUGUAUAUUUGAAGAGAUGACCAAGCCAGAGUAUGGGAUGUUCAUGUAUCCUGAAAAUGGUUCUUUCAUGUGGUUUCCUGUCACUCCUCAGUGUGACAAGAACAACUACUUACUCUUUGGGAUCCUCUGUGGACUUUCUCUCUUACAUUGCAAUGUUGCCAACCUUCCCUUCCCACUGGCUCUGUACAAGAAACUUCUGGACCAGAAGCCGUCGUUGGAAGAUUUAAAAGAGCUUAGUCCUCUUUUGGGGAAGAAUUUGCAAGAAAUUCUAAAUGGUGAAGCUGAUGACUUUGAAGAUCUCAGCAUGUAUUUUUCUAUACAUUGGGACCAAAAUAAUGUUGCUUUAAUUCCAAAUGGGAUCUCCAUACCUGUGGACCAAAGCAACAAGAAAGACUAUGUCUCUCAAUGUGUUGACUACAUCUUCAACGUCUCUGUAAAGGCCGUGUAUGAGAAAUUUCAGAGGGGAUUUUAUAAAGUCUGUGACAAGGACAUCAUCGAGUAUUUCCACCCUGAAGAACUCAUGACAGCAGUCGUUGGAAAUUCUGAUUACGACUGGGAACAAUUCGAAAAGAAUUCAAAGUAUUUAGAAGGAUACCACGAAUCAGACCGCACUAUAGUGUUGUUUUGGAAGGCGUUCCACAAGCUGACUUUGGAUGAGAAGAAAAAAUUCCUCUUUUUUCUUACAGGAUGUGAUAAGUUUCAUGCAAGAGGCCUACAGCAAAUAGGAAUAUUAUUCCGCUGUCCUAAAACCAUGAGUGAAAAAGACAGCCCAAGAUCACUGACGUGCCAUUGUAUCCUGGACCUGCCUAAAUACUCUACAAUGAAAAGAAUGGAGGAGGCGCUUCAAGUAGCCAUCAGAAACAACCGGGGUUUCACCUCGCCUGAGAUCACGCUGUAGUCAGCACCGCCGCGGGUCUUGGAAGAACCUCAGAUGCUCGAGCAGUGUCACCCUGGGAUUCUUCUGUUCCCUUACAUCUGACUAGUGGUUUGACAGAUUUUAGUUAGGAUUUGUUGAAAAAUGUUGGGAUAAAGUGGUAAGUCAAGAAUAAGAUUUUUAAUGAAACAAAGUUACAUAAAACAACACUUCCUGUAUAUCAAACCUUAAUAUUAGAAUGUUUGCUUUUACCAAAUUAUUUCCUGAAUACUAAAUAUCAUCUGCAGUGCUGGAAUCCCAUAUGGAAAACCAAGAUCCCAGCACUCAAUCCAGGUCUCCCACAUGGAGACUUGCUGUCUCCAAGGGUAUACAUUAGCAGGCACUCUGCUACAGGAUUCCCAGCUGCUCCACUUCCAACCUAGCUUUCUGCUAAUGUGCCUGGGAAAGCAUUGAACAUGGCCCAGUUGCCACUCCCCACUAUGGCCAUUUAUGGAGCAAACUCUUGACACUCUCUCUCUCUCUCUCUCUCUCUCUCUCUCUCUCUCUCUGUAACUCUGCCUUUCAAAUAAAUCUUUUAUAAAAAAAACUCUAAAUUUGAAAGAACUCAUUAAUUUAUUGAAUGAUUACUUGUAUUCAAUUUUGAUUACCAUUCUAAAUGCAGGCAUGGUCACUUUGGCUAACCACUGAGCCCGCUCCAUUGUAAUUGGAGAGAUGUUAAGGAGGAUCAACUGUGUCUCAGUGCCAUGGCUAAUGGAGUAAAUAGAGAUGUAACUAAGGUGGGAAAUUGCCAAGUCACUUUGUGGGCCAGUUUUAGUUAAUAUUAAAAUUUAAGCUGUUAAUAUAGCUUUGAAAUGAUUCCAGGCACAUAAUUUGCUAUAUGAGUAACAUGUUUUGCUGUGAUAAGAGCUUGGGAGUGUGAUCCCCCUGCCAAUGAGAAUUUUAUAUAUUAUUCCUUCUCAGAUCAGACUCUAUAAGUUAGUGACCUCAACUCUUGGACACCAAAAUAGUUGUAAACACAAUUCGGAUAGCUGCUUUGAGAGCUCAGGCUGUGGCAGGGCCAUACCCUGUUAGCUGUUGGCCUCAGCUCCAAAGUCUUGCUAGCCAACACUGGCACCACCCUUCCAUGUCUUCCUGGAUCGCCACUGUGUUGUCAAGCCAGUCUCUCCUGAAGACCACUUGGAUCUAGAGAUACCUCACAUUUUAAUGAUGCUUCAUCCUGUCUGAAUAACUAGACUUUAACAACUGGACUCUGAUGAAACUGGUCCUUGCUUGUUCUGUGGUUAAUGUUCCUCCUCUAUCGAGUGUUCUCCCUGUGAAUUUGUUCUCCCCUGCUAAAGCGUUGAAAAGAAAAACUUCUGGGUGGCAAUAAUCACUGGCUACAUGAAAUGGUACUUUGAUCAUCUGCUUAUUUUAACUAUUCAAAAUAAGCUAUAAGCUUUUGAAUUAGGAUGUAAUCUUUCAUAACCAACAUUACAUUUUUUUUAAAUAUAAAUGGGUAAGUUGUACUAAACAGUUAAGGAAGAAAUAGAACCAAUUCUUUCUUUCUUUAUUUUACUCAUUUGUAUUUUAUUUGGAAGGCAGAGAGAGAGAGGGAAAGAGAUUCCAUCCACUGGUUCAACCCUCAGUGCUCACAGCAGCCAGGGCUGGACCAGGCUGAAACCAAGAUCCCAGCGCUCAAUCCAGGUCUCCCACAUGGAGACUUCUGUCUCCCAGGGUACACGUUAGCAGGCACUCUGCAACAGGAUUCCCAGGCAGAAAUUCAACUGCUGAUCAAAUGCCUGCCUCAGGACCAGCUCUUUAUACUUUCUUUCAGAAAACAGGGGAAGAGGGAACAUUUGCCAUUUAGUUCUAUGAUUGCAGCAAUAUUCUAAUAUCCAGACCAGAGAAAGACAUUACAAGGAACAAAAAAACUAUGUAUCUUUCAUGAACAUGGACACAAAAAGCCUUUACAUAUCAAAAAUUCUUUGACACAUCAACUAUAUAAAAAAAAUUGGACAGUGCCUCAGAACUAAGUGGGGGGGGGGGGUAGCCCAGAAAUGCAUUUGAAGAUCAACUAUAUUUCAUCUCUGAAUAGAAGAGGGAAAGUUACUUCAUUACUUCAGUAUAAGCAGCAAAGAAAAUUGACAAAAUUGAACACUCACAAGCAAACCAGGACUAGAAGGACUCAACUUGAUAGAACUUACAUCUAGCUAAACUCAUACUUAGCGGUGCAAGACUGAUUGCUGGGGCCAGUGUUGUGGUGUAGCAGUUAAGCUGCUGCCUGCCAUGCUGACAUCGCACAUGGGUGCAGGUGUAUAUCCUGGCUGCUGCACUUUCCAUCCAGCUCCCUGCUAGUGGUCUGGGAAAAGCAGCGCAGGAUGGCCCAAGUGCUUGGGCCCCUGCUACUCUCUUGAGAGACCUGAAAGAAGCUCUUAGCUUUGGCCCAGCCCAACCCUCUCCAUUCCAGCCAUCUGGGGAGUGAACCAGAGGAUGGAAGAUCUCUCUCUGUCUCUUCCUUUCUCUCUCUCUGACUUUAAAAUAAAUAAAUCUUUUUUUUUUUUUUAAGACUAAUUGCUUUCCUGUUAGGAACAAAGUGAAUAUCUCCCAUCAUUGUUAUUCAACAUUGUACUGGUUGUACUACUCUAUAGAUUAGAACAAAGCAAAGCAAAGGCAUAUGGAUUGGAAAGGAAGAAGUAAUAUGUAUUUGUCGGAGACACUGUCAGCUACAUACAUGAUUCUGAGGGAUCUACAAAAACUACUAGAAAUAUUAAUAUAGAAAGGUCCUUAGAUUCAAGGUCAUUAUAUAAAAAUUUGUUGUAUGUCUAUAUACUCAGAUUUAAAAUUAAACAAUCUCAUAAAAAUUUCAAUUGAAAAUUUAAAAAACACCAUUUGCAAUGAAAAGUAAAUAAGGAUAAAUUAAAUACAUUUAUACACUGAAAACUAUAACACAUUGCUGAAAAAAAUUAAAGAAGUCUUAAAUUAAUAGAUCACGCUCAUGGACAGAUAAACAUGUCAUUUCUUCCCAAACUGACCUAAUUUAAUGUAAUUUCAAUCAAAAUCUCAGCAGUCCAUUUUGUUGAAAUCAAGAAACUGAUUCUGACAUAUAUAUGAAGAUGAGAAGAAGCUAGAAAAACCCAAACAACACUGAAAAAGAACAAAUAUUGGAGCAAUUGUAUGAACUAAUUUUGGGACUUUGAAUCUACAGUAAAUAAGUGUAGUAGCGAAGUAAAAAUAUACAGAUAAAUAAGUGGAACAGAAUUAAAAAUCCAGAAAUAAAUCCAAGCAUGUAUGCAACUGAAUUUUGACAAAGACACCAAGGCAAGUCAAUGGAGAAAGGCAACCAAAACCACCGGAAAUCACAGGGACAAAAAAGAUUGAACCUCUACCCCUACAUGAUUUGAAAUAUAACAAAGGGGGCCUGCGCUGUGGCGUUGUAGUUAAAGCCUCCGCCUGUAGUGCAGGCAUCUUCACUUCUGAUCCAGCUCCCUGCUGGGUGCCUGGGAAAGAAGUGAAAGAUGGUCCAAGUCCUUGGGCCCCUGCACCCACAUGGCAUUGUGGCCGUUUGGGGAGUGAACCGGUGGAUGAAGGAUUCUCUCUCUCUCUCUCUGUCUCGCUUCCUCUGCCUCUCUGUAAGUCUGCCUUUCAAGUAAAUAAAUCUUUAUUUUUAAAAAAUUUUAGUUAAGUUAUACAAGUUUCAUUUAUUUCAUAUAUACAGAUUUAGGAACAUAGUGAUACUUCUCACCCUACCUUCCCUCCCACCACUCUCCAACUCUUCUUCUUUCUCCCUCUCCCAUUCCUACUCUUAAUUUUUAUAAAGAUUUAUUUUCAGUUUACUUAAUGAUUGUAAAGUUAACCCUACACUGAGUAAAAGAGUACAACAAAUAGUAUGAAGAAAAAAGCACUGUUCCUCAAUGGAAGAGACAAGGGCUGUAAACAAUCAUAGAAUCUCAAAAUGUCCAUUUCACUCCUAAACAUUACAUUUCAGGUACUCUAUUAGUUACCUAGGAGCAGGGAAAACAUAUUAUAUCUUUCUUUUGGGGACUGGCUUCAAAUAAAUCAAUAAAAAAAAUAAAGACACCCAUAUCCCAUACAAGAGUCCC